UGACGUCACGCUCAGUGCGCAGGCGUCGUAGUGCCGAGGCCGCAGCCCCUGGGACGGGACUGGACCGAGUCAGUCAACAAGAGGGACCGGGGAUCCACGCAGGGAGGGGCCGCACAUACCGGGAGGAGGCCGAGGGGGAUGAGGCUGUGAGAGACCGGGGAAAAGGGGGCUUAGACCUGCGGGAGGAGGAGGGCAGUGGGGCCCGCUCUCAGCGAGUGACAGGAGGCCAGCACUGACAGGAGCCCACCCACCCUGCACCGACACUGGGGCCCCUCAAUGCCCGCACAUUACUAGUGUAGGGGCCACACGUCACAGGGCAGGGGGCUUCCCACCCACCACCUCAGGGCUGUCCCCUCUGGGGCCCCCCAGUGAAUACAUAACAUCCCUCCUUCCUGGGGCCCCACAUAGUCCACCCAUGACCUGAGGCCCCUGAUCUGUCCCCCAUAACUGGAGAUCAGCGGAGCCUCCAGCCUCACCUAGGGAGCCAGGCGGCAGAAAGGCUGGGGCCACAACCCAGGAGGAUCACACAGAGCCAGGGGCCACAUCCCGGGGGCCCUGUGCAAAGAGGAUCCGGGACAGGAUGGGGAGAGGCCAAGGGGAUGAUGCCGAGAGCAGCUGAUACUGCCGGAGCCCCCGCCAUGAAUGGUAGUGUCCCCCUGGAGGGUUCCUCCUCCUCUCCGUCGCCCAACUGGAAGGAGUUCUGUGAGAUCCACGCUCACGCUGCUGCUCUCGACUUCGCCCGUCGCCUCCGAGCUUUCCUGAGCGAGAACCCGCAGUACGCCACGCCGGGGGCCGAGAGCAGCUUCUCCAGACGGUUCGCCGAGCACUUUGUGGAACACUUCGAGAGCGAGGUGAACAAGACCCACGGUACGGAUGGUCCCUCCCCCACCCGCUGCAGCAUCGCCCCCUUCACCGGAGCGCAAACCUCCACCAGGGACCUGUCGGAGACAUGCAGCGACUCUUCUCUGGCCUCCCCGGUAGAGACUCAGCCCCGGCAGGACUCUUCUGGCAUCACGUCGGGCCUCUCCAGCAGUCAGUCCCACAGCUCGGAGGAGUUCUCAACAUCUUCUGCCACCGCCAAGCCGCGCCUUAAAAAGCGCUUCUCGCUCCGUAACGUGAGCCGCAGCGUGCGGGGCAGUGUCAGGGGGAUCCUGCAGUGGAAAAGCUCGGCGGAAUCUCCCACCGACGAGACGGGGGCCAACAGCAACUGCAAUUCCUCAGCGGGCAGGGCCGCAGGGGAUAGAUGGACGCAUAGAUUCGAGAAGCUGAGGCUUAGCCGGCCUCCUGCCCCCAGGGCCGACCUGCGGGGUGUCAAGAGGGAAGGGGUCCUCAACUAUGUGGUGGCCGAGGAGGUCAACAGCAGCAGCAAACCCCGGUGGCAGAAGUGCCGGCUUCUCCUGCGGAAGGCUGAGACCGAGGGCUACCUGCUGGAGUUCUACAUUCCUCCCAAGGCCGCCAAGCCACGGGUCAGCAUCCUCUGCUCAUCUAUAGCUGAUGUACGGACCACAACCCCUCUGGAGAUGCCAGAUAAGGAGAACACUUUUGUGCUAAAGAUAGAGAAUUCCUCAGAAUAUAUCCUGGAGUCCGUGGACCCUCUGCAGAUGAGGUCUUGGCUCUCUGACAUAUAUGACUGCAUGUUGUCCAGGGACGGAGCUGAUACCUCAGACCUUCCACACAUAAACCAUUCAGAAAGCAUGCCCAGCCGGGACCUACCUCUGAGACCCACAGAGAGCAGCGAACAGCUCUGCCAAGGAGCCUAUGGCGGUCUGUCCGAUCGCCCCACUGCCUCCAUCUCUCCCAGCUCCGUUUCCAUAACGCCUUCACACUUCGACUCCAUGGAGCUCCUUCCCCCGGAGCUGCCUCCUAGAGCGCCCAUCGAUGAGGGGGAGCGGAUACAGAACCCUAUAAGUGCCCCCUUCCCUGAUACAGCUGACGGUGCAGCUUCAUUCCUGUUUCAAGGAGAACCGGACCCUGGUGACGGGGAGCACCCAUUGUCGGAGUACCAGUGGUUCCACGGCACCCUGUCACGUCUUAAAGCUGCGCAGCUCGUGUUGGCUGGGGGCACCAAUAGUCACGGGGUCUUCUUGGUGCGGCAGAGCGAGACGCGGAGAGGGGAGUACGUGCUGACUUUCAACUUCCAGGGCAAGGCCAAGCACCUCCGCCUGUCCCUGAACGAAGACGGCCAGUGUCGAGUCCAGCACCUGUGGUUCCAGACCAUCUUUGACAUGCUAGAACACUUCCGCGUUCACCCCAUCCCCUUAGAGUCGGGAGGCUCCAGCGACGUCACCCUCAUCAGUUACGUGGUGUCCUCGCAAAGGCUACACGAGGCGGCCAGCAGCCGUAAUCCUCCCCCACUGCCUCCUCAUCCUUUAUCCCGCCACCACAGCGCAGAGGGGACCCUGCAGCCUCCUUGGUACCCGCUCGGCACCUCUCCCCCCGAGGAACCCUCGGCCGGCAGCAGACCCCCUCCGGAGCCCCCCGUCACUCAACACGAGGAGGGGCUGUCACCUGCGGAAGAUCAGGAAGACGCUGCCAUCCUCCUGCAGCAGCUCCAGCCUGGCAGCGCCCCCUUGGAGGACCCGAGUGAUCCCAAUGCAGCUUCCCGGGCCCGGGCUGUAAACAACCAGUAUUCCUUUGUAUGAGUGGAGGUUGGAGUGACUAACACACACAGAUUGGGAGUUUAACUUUGUUUUCCUCGUAUUCUCGCUCCAAUGUCGCCUGUUGUGUUUUGUUUUUUUGUUUUUAGGUUUUUUUUUGUAGCUCGUCUCUGAUAGAUAGAUAUUUCUGCUGUCAGACGCACUAAAACGGAAAACUCGAGCACGAGCCUCGUGUUACACUACAAGGCAGGAUUAGUAAUGACACUGCCUAUAACCGUACACUACAGACCUUUGUCGUUACUCAAGGGGCAAGACAAUAGGUCCUCCCGAAAAAAAAAAAGAGCUGAAUGUGGAGAUCCCCUGUAAUCGGCUGCUAUCGGGUCGGUCCUCAUCAAGCAUUCCACCGCACCUGUCCAAAUGAACGGGUCGUCUGUGUAAAGCAUGGGGGUGAGGGGUGACCUCCUUCCUUGUCUUAAAGGGGUGGAAACAUUUUUUUUUUCUUUAAAUCAACUGGUGCCAGAAAGUUAAACUGAUUUGUAAAUGACUUCUAUUUAAAAAUCUUAAUCCUUUCAGUACUUAUCAGCUGCUGUAUACUACAGAGGA